GCUCAGAUGAGCGCAUCCGUGUUCCUGCUCAAUGGUACACUAGUACUUCGAAGGUGCAGAUACAACAAACAGCUUACCAUUUCACAAGAGAUUCAGGUCGCUGUUGACCGCGUUAAUAGCUGUCGAGACGCUGGCGGAUGCAAAUCCGGAUCCUGGCACAUCUUCACCUGUCUUCCUCCGAUCUCGACAAGGCUCGACGUGAGUGUGGACAUAUGGUCAGUUACUCAUUUCAAUGCAUGACUGCUCGAGCCGAGGUCGUCUUUACAGCUUAUCGCAGAAGCCGAGUGAAGUCCCGACGCCCAGGGGCGCUCCGAGUUCUUAUGACAUGCCAAGGUUCCGUUUUAGGGCUCUCCGCGUAGAAAACAGUCCGUUCUCAAACCAAACCCCCUAACUCUGACAGGGCCUCACGCCUCUUAUUUCGACAGAGUAUACAUGUCGGUGUCCUUGCAGCACCAUUUAACUUACUAUAAUUGACAUCGAUGCCGUUCCUCAACAGUAAAUUGUGUUAAACAACUCCAAGACCUCUACCAAGAACGACAAGCCCGAAGUUGUCUAUGACGUGUUAUUUUGCGAACAACUUCUCUUGGCUGUGCUGAAUGAGGAACUCUAUAUAUACAGCACUUCUCUUGGGAUUCGCCGACCAUACGUGCCCACAUACUUAUCAGUCCAGGCCUUCUUAACGCAAUCCUUCUUUUGCUUACCUGCGACUCUCGCCAUUGUGGCUACCACGUUCGUUCCAUACUUUGACAUACCCCAGAAGUAUUCACCUGGGUGAGGAUAAUUUGGAUACCACUGUUAGGACUGUAGAUCAUGACAAAGCAACCAACAAGGCUGCCACCAUUGGCGGAUACCCCUCCACACACUUUGACGGCGGAAGAGGUCGCACGCAAGUUACGGGUUGAUGUGCAGCAGGGUCUGUCUGAACAUGCCGUGCGACAUAGGCAAACUGAAUGGGGCCCGAACAUCGUUAUCUCCGAAGAAGAAUCGACAUGGUUUAAGAUUCUGAUAGGCCAAAUCGCGAAUGCUAUGGUGUUGGUACUGUUGAUCGGAAUGAUUGUGUCUUUUGCCAUUGAGUCGUGGAUCGAGGGGGGUGUGGUUGCCGCUGUCGUCAUUAUCAACAUAGGCGUUGGCUUCAUUCAGGAAUACUCCGCAGAGAAAACUAUGGCUUCUCUUCGAAGUUUAGCUUCUCCAACCGCUCGAGUUAUCCGUGGCUCAUCAACCAAGGUCAUCCCGUCUGUUCAAAUCGUCCCCGGCGAUAUCGUUCUUCUCGUUACCGGUGAUAUCAUACCUGCCGACCUCCGACUUAUCGAGGCAAUGAACUGCGAAGCCGACGAAUCCAUGCUUACUGGUGAAGCUGUGCCCGUCGCAAAGAACGCCGAAGUGUGUUUCUCUUCAGACAAGGAGAAAGACGAAGUUGGAGUUGGUGACCGUAUCAAUAUGGCCUACUCUUCCUCCUGCGUCACUCGCGGUCGUUCCAAGGGCAUUGUCGUCGCCGCCGGAAUGGACACUGAAAUUGGCAAGAUCGCACAAUCCCUCAUGGCUUCAAGUUCUAGGGUGAGGCAGCCGAAGGUGAACAAACACGGCAAGGUCACACAUAGGGCUAAGGCUCGUGCUGGAGCGUUGACGAUUACCGAUAAUAUUGGUUACUUUUUGGGAGUCAACAAGGGCAGUCCUUUGCAGCGCAAGCUCAGCCAAAUGGCCGUUCUUCUCUUUGGAAUCGCUGUCGUAUUCGCAAUCGUAGUGAUGGCCGCAAACGAUUUCAAUGGAACGAGAGAAGUCGUAUUGUACGCUGUUGCUACUGGGCUGUGUAUCAUUCCUGCUAGCUUAGUAGUCGUUCUGACUAUCACUAUGGCUAUGGGAGCAAAGAGUAUGGUGAAGGAAAACGUUAUCGUCCGUCGCUUGGAUUCUUUGGAAGCACUCGGUGCUGUCACAGAUGUCUGCUCCGAUAAAACCGGUACACUCACGCAAGGCCGCAUGAUUACCCGCAUGUCAUGGAUCCCUGCCGAAGGCACAAUCCAAAUUUCCGAAGCCGAUGAAGCUUUCAAUCCAACCAUCGGGAAGUUGACUUUCCACCCCAUGAGCGCCCAGGACGUAGUCGCUGCCACUUCUACCGAGUCGGACACUCAUCCCCUAUUCAUGUAUCCUGGGCAGCAUCCCCCUACCCCACCGAAGUUGAUCACCGAGGAAAUUGCCGAUCCACAUGAAUGGGCUAAACGUUCCCCCGCAGUUCCCUUACUCUUGAAUUGCGCCGCUCUAUGUAACCUAGCCAGCGUCUUUCAGGAAAAGGAAGACCCAUCCGAGCUGACUGACGAGGAUGAGAAGCCGGGAAAUCUGACGGGCCAGUACGCUGCGACUGGUGACCCGACUGAGAUUGCCAUCCAAGUCUUUACCCACCGCUUCCAUUGGGGAAAGCCGACCUUAACGAACGGUGGGACCAAGUGGCUGGAGGUCUAUGAAUAUCCAUUUGACUCCACCCUCAAGCGCAUGGCUGUCAUCAUGCAGAGUCCCAACGGGAAGGAUCGUAAGGUGUUCAUGAAGGGCGCAGUCGAGAUGGUUCUUGACUCUUGCUCGACAGUUCUCGUGAAGAGUACCGAGACUCCUGACGGUGUUCAGGUUUCGCAGUUGGACGAGGCUUGGAAUGAGAAGAUUACUGCUAACAUGGACGCAAUGGCAUCCAAGGGCUUGCGUUGCCUGGCUUUGGCAACGAAGGACUGGCAUGAAAGCGAGGUUCUGGAUGAAGACUACAAAGAAGAGCUCGAGCAACCCGUGAACGGUAACGGUGUGCAUGAAGAGAAUGGUGGAAAUGGUGAGAUCGGUAUAAUCGCAGAGGAAAGUUCUGAGGACAAUCAGCCACCUCGGAAGGCUGUUGAGAGAGGUCUGACCUUCUUGGGCCUCGUUGGAAUUUACGAUCCUCCUCGCCCAGAAUCAGCACCAUCCGUAGCUCAGUUCCAGAAGGCAUCCAUUCUCACCCAUAUGCUCACCGGUGACCACCCUGGAACCGCUACUGCAAUUGCUAAAGAAGUCGGUAUCGUGCCAUCUAAUUGGCAACUGCUUGCUAAAGACGUCUUUGAUUCCAUGGUCAUGACGGCAACCCAAUUCGACAAACUUUCUGACCAGGAAAUCGAUGAUUUGCCUGAACUGCCUUUGGUUAUUGCUCGAUGUGCACCCCACACCAAGGUUCGCAUGAUCGAGGCCCUUCAUAGGCGUGGAAAGUUCGCCGCGAUGACUGGCGACGGUGUCAACGACAGUCCGAGUUUGAAGAGGGCUGAUGUUGGUAUUGCAAUGGGUACUGGAAGUGAUGUCGCCAAAGGCGCCAGUGACAUUGUGCUGACUGAUGACAAUUUCGCCUCGAUUCUUUCCGCUGUGGCUUCUGGAAGGACAACCUUUGAUAAUAUCAAGAAGUUCGUCUUGCAUCUUCUUUCCCAGAAUGUGGCGCAAGCUAUUGUGCUGCUUGUCGGCUUAGCCUUCAAGGAUUCUACAGACUUGUCCAUCUUCCCUCUGAGUCCAGUCGAGAUCCUGUGGGUCAUCAUGAUCACCAGUAGUCUUCCUGCCAUGGGUCUUGGAAUGGAACCUCCUGCCCCCGACGUCAUGUCUCGUCCUCCGCAUAAUGUCAAAGUCGGUAUCUUCACGCUUGAGGUGUUCAUUGACAUGAUUGUGUAUGGCAUCAUCAUGGCCGCGCUCUGUCUUGGCUCAUUUGCCGUGGUGAUGUUCGGGUUUGGAAACGGCAACCUGGGCGACGGAACUUGCAAUGAAUCCUUGGAUGAGAUUUGUCGAGAAGUCUUCCGUGCCCGGUGCACGACUUUCGUUUGCAUGACUUGGUUCUCUCUCCUCCUUGCGUGGGAAAUCAUUUCCUUCCGCCGUUCGUUCUUCCGCAUGCAUCACAAGUCCCCAUAUCCCUACACUCAAUGGAUGCGUGAUGUCUGGGCCAAUCCGGUUCUAUUUUGGUCGGUGGUCUUCGGAUUCGUCACCGUCUUUCCAAUUAUUUAUAUCCCCGUCAUCAACGACAGGGUCUUCAAGCACGCUUCCAUUUCAUGGGAGUGGGGUGUUGUCUUUAUCACUUGUUUCCUCUUCAUGGGUUCCGUUGAGGCUUGGAAGUUUGCGAAGAGGUUUUACUUCAGGAGGAAGGAUCACAGACUUGGCAUUCGCCGAAGCCUGACAUUGGAGGAUCAACGUUACGUUCCCAAACUCAGUGUUUGAAUAUGAUGUGUCUAUGGCUCGUUACAGGCUGUACGAGAACGAAGGUAGAAGGGCUUCAUUGGAGGCCGGAGCUCCUGGAUACCAUCUGGUCAUGAUUUAAUGGUCGUAUGAUUGUGGUGAAUGACUGUAAUAUACUUGUCCUCUUGUAGACUAUGUACCAAUGGGGGACAUUCGCGUUCAAUAGAUCUAGAGACUUGAGCAACCAUCUUGCAUCUUACAUGCUCAUCUUUG